GGUGUUUGUGCUUCUCCGAGCCUCUCUCCCCGCCCCCGACUCUCCCGCCCGCCCCGCCGGGACCUCUCCUCUCCGGGCGGCAGCAGAGCCGCCUCAGGGCGGGCGACGGCAGAGGUGCUGGUGGGGCGCUCUCGCCGUCCAGCCCGCUGGGAACAUGGCGACCGGCGGCUACCGCAGCGCCGGGGGCAGCACCACGGACUUUCUGGAGGAGUGGAAAGCCAAGCGGGAGAAGAUGCGGGCAAAGCAGGCGCCGCCGGCCCCGGGCGCACCGGCCGGAGGGGAGCCCCGUCCCGCGGGGGGCGGCCCCUCCGCCGAGCUGAGCAACAACAACAACCUGCCCCCCGACCGCGCGGCGCCCCCCGCCGGCGGGGCCGUGAACUGCGUCAGCCUGGCCAGCGCCGCCCUGGGCCGCGCAGCCCCCGCCAAGGAGCCGCCGCCUGCCCUCGCCGGGGGCCGCGGGGUCGAGACCGGCGCCGCGCCGGACUCCCCCGAGGGCGAGGAGAAGCUGGCUGCCAAGGGAAAGAGCUCAGGCCCCAGUGCCAGGAAGGGGAAGGGGCAGAUCGAGAAGAGGAAGCUGAGGGAGAAGAGGAGGUCGACAGGUGUGGUGAACAUCCCGGCCGCCGAGAGCCUUGAUGAGUACGAAGAUGACGAAGCAGGGCAGAAGGAACGAAAGAAGGAGGAUGCUAUUACCCAACAGAAUACGAUACAAAAUGAGAGUUCCAUUGCAGAUACCUCUAGCUCAUACUUACUCCAGGAUUCCUCCAGGAUGGUUUCAAGCAGGUAUAAAAGCACAGCUAAUGCACCAGAAGAUGACGCUCCAAAUAGAUAUUCCCGAACAGAGAGGACAACUUACAGCAGAUACAGCAGGGAUGCAAAUUCUUCUGGCAGUUCUCUACCAAGUAACACUUUGGAAAAGAGGAUUGAGGAACUUGAAAGGGAACUUGCAAAGGAAAGACAGGAAAAUGCAAGAUUAAUGAAGAUGACGCAGGACAAAGAGGAACUAAUUGGAAAGCUGAAGGAAGAAAUUGAUUUAUUAAACAGAGACCUAGAUGAUAUAGAAGAUGAAAAUGAACAGUUGAAACAAGAAAAUAAAACCCUCUUAAAAGUUGUUGGACAGCUGACAAGGUAGAAGAUUCAGACCUCAAUGAGGAAAGAUUUAAAAACUACUGAGUGAACAUUAAGGUCAAUGUAGUAAUACUUCCUGUGUGUUGCAGUAUGUUAUAAUAACUGUUUGUAUAUUUAUUGUUAGGAAACCAGAUGAAUGUUUAUUUUCAUAGUACUUGUUCAAUGAAAUGACAUAAAAUUUGGGGUAUAUUUUUAGCUUUCUUUUCACAUAAGCAUAAUUAAACUUUUUGAUGUAUUUCAAAAUAUUAAGUUCAAAAAUAUUUGGGUUUUGUAUCUUCAGAUUACAUCUGCAUAAAUUGCAAUAAUUUAAGAUUCAUAGCACCAAGAUCACUUUCAAUCCAUGUGGGUGUAUAUUUUUUAAAUGAAUGGAAGCAAUACAUAUAAACUUUGUUUACAGAGGUCCAAAAUAUAUAUUUUGGGAAAAGCUUCCUUUUUUGUUUAAACAGCUGUAAAGUGGAUGCCUUAUUACUGAUGUAUAACAUUUUGCAGAUUGAUGACUUGCUCUAGAACUCUUGUAUGUUGAAGUUUUUUUUACUGUAUCUGAAAGAUUGACAGUAGUAGAGAGUAGCAAUUUUUUUUCUGUGUUUAACAGUAUUCUGUCAGGAGGGGAAGGUUUUAUUGAAAAAAAAAAAAAAGCAAACACAGAACACCAAAAAGCCAAAUAAAUCACCUCUGGUAUCAGCAUUAAUAAGUUCUUAGAAUCAUAUUGAAGUUGUGCACUGCAGUUUAUUUUAUAGCUUUUGCUUUAGCAAUGAAAUGCAAGUUUGCAGUCAGACAGUUUGUUUGCUGUGUUGAGAAUUUAGACAAAGCCUGGAGCUUUCAUUUUAGCAGACACUUCUGCAAUACUCUCCUGCUUAAAGCUGACAUCUUAAAAUUUGUAGUGAUCAUAACCAAUAUGAGUUUUUUGAUUUAUUUUUUUUUAAGCUGAGUGAAAAUUUUUGUACAUAACAAAAGUAGAGGGGCAUACUAGUGAUUCAUGCCUUUCUGAAACAUCGAAUGGUAUAAAGACCCCCUUUUUAUCCUUGAUUUUAAACGAACAAGGUGUUUAAAAAGUACCUGGUUAGAUGUUACAAUCCAGUUAUGACUGUACUUAUUCUUCUAUAACAUGAUAACAGACAAAAUUUUCAUUAGACUUUAACCACAGACCUCAAUUAACAACUCUCUUCUUAAAAUUUUUGUUAGACUGAAAUUUUUUUUGUACUUUGUCAUCUUAAUACAGUGUAUUUUUCAUUCUGGAUCAGAUUAAAUGUACAUGUCCUUUGAGUCAGGACACUAGAAAUAAAAAUAUUUCAGAGAGUCCAGUCUUUUUCUUACAAUACUGAAGUUUGGUGUCAGAAAGUUGCAUGAAUAUAGUUCUUGUCACUUUAAAACUUAAAGGCAAUGUUAAAAUGUAACAAUAUAGCAAUAUUGUUAUAUUUUUAUAUAUAUAAUAUAUAUAACAAUCACCUUUUCAGAUUUUCCAGUUGUUUUCAUAUUGUGUAUUUAAUGACUGUUUCUUAAAUUUAAAAUCCAGCUAUUACACCUUGGAUUGUUUUGGAUAUAGGAUAGGUUAUUUUGCAUUUGUGCAUUCUGAUGAGGAAGAACUUUUCAAAGCUUUAAAAUAUUUUUCAAGACACGUAUAGUCCAGGAUGCCUCGAUGUUUUCCUUCACAGUAGAUGAGAUCUCAUGGGACAUCAUUUGAAACCUUUACUCAGGCGGUUAAAUGGUAUGAGGGUUUGUAUAGGCCCUAGAAUAUACACUAAUGAGUAUUGUUUGUAAUAUUACUGAAACAGUAAGAAGUCCCUCAAUUUAAGUUUCAUGAAAUUGAAAAUUUCAAGUAAUAAAAAAGUCAGUUGAGAUGUAUGCCUUUUGAAUAAAUAUGAAACUUUCUCUGGAAGAACAUCUGAUUUCCUUCUCUGUUUACUAGGUAGGAAAUACACACACUGAUGUACAGCAUAGGAUGUCAAACAUAUUGAAGCAACAUUUAGGUUUUACUGCAGAACACACAGAUAGCAAUAUGAAGUUGUAAAUGAGAUAUUUCCUGAACUGUGUUUCAUAUACAUUUUAAGCCAAAGAAAAAUAACAACAAAACAUAAACAAGAGUUACUUGUCUUCAUAUUAUCUCGGUUUGCAUGUGUGUUGACUAAAAAUUAGCAACAGUAAUGCCAAAAUUAGAAUUAUUUAUUUUACGUUGGACAUACAACUGACAGAAGUAUUUGGCAGAAAUGCUUCUGAUACCCUGCCUUGAAGAGACGCUAGCAAGGGAAGUUUGCAAAUAUUUGAAACCAGUAUAAUUCUCUGGCAGAACAUGUGAACAAAACCAUUGUGAACUCACACAUCAAGUGCCUCGGGACCUUAUUAUUGCUGUGUGUUAUUAUACAAGUCUAAAACUCUUCAUUGUUUUAAAAGUUCCCACAAAUUGUACCAUGAAGCAUGACACUUCUGCUGACAGUUUGGAAGAUUUAGAGGGCUUUUUUUGGAAGAAAGUGUGUCAAUAACAAUUCAUUAUCACUCUUGUGAGAAAUUUAGUAGAUUCUAGGAAAAACUAUGUAUUAUAUAGAAUGUUAGUGAUUGUCUAGUUGCUACUUGCCAUUGUCCUUUUAUUUCAGUAGGGUACCUUUAGAGUCAAGCUCAAACAUAGGAUAUGUUUUUAUCCCAGGUGAUUUAAAGGUGUUAAGUUACUACCUUACUAGCAAUUCACUAACCCAUGGCCAGUCCAACAUCUCCAUUGUUCUCAGUUCUGUGAUUUAAAAGCAGAGAGACUGAUGGAAGUGGGAACCCGUGUCUCUUGGGAAGGUUAUAUGAUUCCUGAAUGACUCUGGUAUUAACAUACCUAGGCCAAGUUAAUUUACUAGGGGUCUUCUUUUGGUGGGUGAGCGGAGGAGGAUGUUACUAUGCAAUAUUAAGUGAAUGGGUAAGUCCUCUGGAGAUUUCUGAACUUUCAUGUCUUAAAAUUCAUGCCAAACUGCUUAGGUCAACCAUGUGUGUUUCUGGGUAACCAGAGUCAUCUAGGAAAUCUAAACAGGAAAGUACUCUCAUUGACUAAAGCAAAUAAGAGAAAAUUUUUUUCAUGAUACUUUACUAUGAACAUCACAUAAUUCCUAUUUUGAUAAUGCACAAUGGUGGUUCUGUUAUGGUCAUAUACUGUAGUACAGAAAAACAGAACUACAUGCAGAAUUGAAGGUUAAAAUUGUCCAGAAAUAUUUUUAGCACUGAUAAUGUGCACUAAUGGUUGAGGGAUUUAUUCCCUAAAAAAGCAUUUCAACCAUAUUUAGAAACUGGUGAAUUUUAUAAUGAAAUUAAAAUGUCUCUCUCUUCAUUUUUCAAAUAAUAUCAAGUGUUUCUUGAUAUGUAUAUUAACUGAAAAUUAAUAUACAGUCUAUAUUUACAAUUGAGUGUUUUUUCUGUCUUUAAAGCAAAACUCUGCAUGGUUAAUUGCCAGAUUUGUGUUGACACAAUUGGAGAUUAAUUCUGUUGUAUGUUGGCUCUGACUUUGAGCGGUAGAAUGAGAAAAGAGGAUAACAAGAAAUAAAUCAGUGACUUCCAAAGUGGGAAGUACAACCUAAUUAAGGAUUUUUUUUUUUCUUAUCCAGCUGUACUGAGAAUUAGCCGUGGAAAAAUUUGUGACUGGCAUAAGCACUACAAAAGAUAUAGCGGGUUUUUUAUGUCAAAAACAACUGAUAAACCUACAUCAAAGCUCUUUUCAACUUAUAUCAUUACACCUUGGAAACCUGCAACCUUAAAGGAUACCAAAAGUAGUAUUGGAGAUCAAAUUACUUAUUAACAUUUUACUAGGAGAGCAGAGUUACAUGCCUCCAGACGUUUUAUGGUUUUCUGUAUGUUCUGUAUGGCUAUUUUCAGCUUGAAUUGCAACAAAUCAAUAUUAGUAGCCAAAAUAAAGGUAAUUAAUUACUGGAAAACAAAUACCCAAUUAAUAAAUAAGGAUACCAUUACUGAGUGUUAGUAUUUCUUGGACUGCAGACCUCUUAUGAAGAUGUCGGUUGAGUCUCUUCAUGUGCGUCAGUAUUAACAAUCAUAAACAUCUGAUGUUUUUAAUAAGAAACAACUGUUUUAGUUGGAGAAAUUGCCACUGCAAUCCAUGACUUCGUUUUUAAGUACUUGUAGCUGCUGAGACUAGGGAGGUGAGGAUUAUACUUAAAAAUUUUGUUUAAAGGGAAACAAAUUAGUUCUGGAUCUUGUAAUUUAACUUGAUCUAGAAGUUCACUACGGAUCUGUUCCAUGACAGUCUGUCUGGCGUAAGUACCUGCAAGAGGUAUUGACACCAGCAAUUUUAGAAGCAUUUCUACUUCUGUUAUUAAGCAUUUCUUUAGGACUACUUAAAUAUAUCCAGGGCAAAAAGAGCAUUGGUGUGUAUAUAACUGAUGAUCUUCCAAGUAUGUUGACUUAUUGCAGCAAAUCUCUGUCAACUGUUUCUCCUUGUACUGUAACAGAUGUUUAUUACCUUGUUAAUUUAAUCUUUUUGCUUUUAUUUCUGUAUUUCUGAUGUAACUCUUCUUGUUCAGGGCUAGUUGUGAUUUUUUCUAUUCUGGAAGACUUGUGAUAGUUGAGUUUUCCUCUGAAAAUAGUCUCGCAGUGCGGAGUAAUUUAAAAAAAAAUAUUCGUUUUGUGCAUUUAGAAAGUUUAAGCAUAAUUAAGCUAUAAAUAAAUGAUAUCCAUUUAAGUUUUGAGCAUUGACUAGCUAUGGUGAUACUUGUGGUAUCAAAUUAAAAAUGAUGUUGAGAUUCUUAGUAUUGCAGGUAAAAGAUACAUGUUUAAUAAUAAAGAGUGUGUGCCUUUUUCCAAAUAAAACAAAAUCCUUUUUAA